AUGGUAUUCGAAAAGGAAUUGUUGCUAGCCACUCAAGCAGUCCGUAAAGCGUCUCUUCUCACCAAGAGGAUUCAAUCUGAAGUGAUCGCACACAGGGAUUCCACCACCAUUACAAAGACUGAUAAUUCACCCGUGACCAUCGGUGAUUAUGCUGCACAAACAAUCAUCAUCAAUGCUAUCAAGGCUAACUUCCCAGAUGACAAAAUUGUCGGUGAGGAAUCUGCCGAAGGUUUGGAGGAUGGGUUUGUCUCUGAAAUCCUAAAGGAGAUUGAAAUUAAUGAUACCGUUUUCCAAGGGGAAUACUCGAACGAUGAUGAUGUUGGAUUCAAGUUUGUGGAUAAAAGUUUCCCAUUGAAGUCUAUUGAAGAUGUUAAACAAAUUAUUAAUUUCGGGGAUUACGAAGGAGGUAGACAAGGGAGAUUUUGGUGUUUGGAUCCAAUUGAUGGUACCAAGGGGUUCUUGAGAGGAGAACAAUUCGCUGUCUGUUUAGCAUUAAUUGUGGAUGGUGUUGUCCAAGUUGGGUGCAUUGGCUGUCCUAAUUUAACCCUAAGUGAUUAUACUGACUCUGUGAAGGAUAUUCCAGGCCAUGAAUCAUUUGGUUACAUCUUCCGUGCUGUAAGAGGCUCAGGUGCCUUCUAUUCCACUGCAUCAAUUGCUAAAGAAUGGACUCAGAUCCACGUAAGAGACAUAAAGAACACUAAUGAGAUGAUCACUUUGGAAGGUGUGGAAAAGGGUCAUUCCUCUCACGACGAACAAUCCCAAAUUAAGGAACAACUGGGUGUAACAAAGUCAUUACAUUUAGACUCGCAGGUGAAAUACUGUAUUCUAGCGCUUGGAUUAGCAGAUCUUUACUUGCGUUUACCUAUUAAGAUGUCUUACGAGGAAAAGAUUUGGGAUCAUGGGGCCGGAAAUGUUAUCGUCCAUGAAGCUGGAGGGUUCCACACUGAUUCUAUGAAAGAUGUUCCAUUGGAUUUUGGUUGUGGGAGAACCUUAAAGACUAAAGGUGUGAUUGCUUCCAGUGGUCCUAAGGAAUUACACGAUUUGAUUGUGGCUACAUCCAAGAAAGUCAUUUCCCAAAGAAAGUAG